AUGAUGGUCAACGAUAUUCGUGCCGGGUUCAAAGAGCUUCUUGAUGAAGCGAACUGGAUGGAUAAAGCAACGUAUGAUGGAGCCGUAAAGAAACUUGCGGCCAUUCAAGAGAUCAUUGCUUAUCCGGACAUCAUGCUGUCCAAUACGUCGGCUAUAGACUCGUACUUCACCACGAUAACAAUCCAGCCGACCUUUUUGCGCAGCAUCCUCCAGUCGCAAAGAAGUAAUACUAUCCGCAAGCUGCAGUCCAUCACACGGCCGCGGUUCGUUGUGAUGCGCUGGCGAACACCGCUGAUAUCACUGCCAUUAACGCGGUUCGAUACCAUCGGGGCCAAGUACGAUCCCGAGGGAGUGCACCGUCAGUGGUGGACCAAUACGACGAUUAAUGAGUACGAACGCCGCGCCAAGAGCCUCGUCCAACAGUACAACAACUACAGCAUGCCCACGGGAAAGGUUAACGGACAGUUGACACUGGGGGAAAAUAUUGCCGAUAAUGGUGGACUCCGAGCAGCGCUCAAGGAAGCAUAUAGAAGCCACGUUCCAAUAAUGUGUCGUAUUUUCCGGUUGGUUCUUGCCGUACAGGGAUACACCCGCUACUUGGCCCGGCCCGACACGAAGGAGCCCGUCCCGCCGGGUUUGGAGAACUACACUGCUCUUCAGUUGUUUUUCAUUUCCGCAGCGCAGUUGUGGUGCACCAAGACCACUCCCGACCAGGAGCGACUUGAUCUGCUAGCCGAUACCCACGCCCCCAAUAAGUGGCGCGUCAACGGUCCCAUGUCCAACAUGCGUGAAUUUUCGCAAAGCUUUAACUGCCCGCUGGGAAGCAAAAUGAAUCCCGAAACAAAAAACCGUGUAUGGUAACCGGGUUUCUUUUUCGCGUUGACGGACAUUUUUUUCCGUUAUUGUUUUUUUAAAUUCAAAUGCUAUUUG